UCACAAAUUUAAAAAUGUUCAUCCCCGACAAACUGUUACUAUCUAGCAUGGAGUACAUUAUUUGAGGCAAGCAAUAACAGUCAUUAAACGAGAGUCCAUGUAGACAUAAGUGAAAAAGUGAAUAAUUCCCGGAAAAAAACAAAAUCUAAAAUAUAAAAAUUACUUAAAAAAUUGUAUAUACAAAAUAAAAGUUAAGAAAAAAUAAAAAUAUAUAAAAAAGAAAAGUAAAUUAAUAACGAAAAUUAAUUUAAUAUUAAACUAACAAAAGUCUAUAGAUAUUAAAACAAGAAAUAACUAAAUUUAUUAAUAAAAAAAGAAAAUUUAAAACCUUGAAUAUUAUUAUCGUAUAGCUGAAGCAAGCAAAAAGGGAUUUUUUAGACCUUAAGACUUAUAGCUUUGUAGUCUUGUCGUUGUCAUCGACAUCGUAGUCAUCAGUAGAGCGUCAUUAACAACAUCUUAAAUAUUGAUUUAUUUGUUGACAGGACAACAACAACAAAAAGCAAUUACAAUAACUAUAUCCAACAAUAUACAUAAAGCUAAAAUAAAAAGUGUAAUUAAAAUUUAAACUUGAUGAAAAUAAGCUUUCAAUAAAGAUAUUACACAAAUAUAAAUAAUUUAAAAACAAUUUGAAAAAAAGAAACAGACAAAUUUCAACACAAAUAUGGAAGAUUUAUUUCUAUUGAUAAUAAAGGAGUCUACGGGGACUAAACAUAAUGCCCUUCGACAGACUGCACAAAUAGCAUACGAUAAAUUAUAUCGACAACAUGGUAUACAUCGAGAUCCAUCACAUGAAUUGCGUUCGGUAUGCUUUACAGCACUGCAAAUGGCAUUAGACACCAAGCGACCAAAAUUUGUAACAAUGGGCUUAAACGGAUUGCAUAGAAUAAUAAAAGAUGAACGUUUCUAUAUUGGCCUGGAACCGGAAGAUGAUUCGGUAUGGUUGCCUGCUCAACUGUUGAGAGCUACUUCUAGUAUAUUGCCAACAACGAGUAAUGAAGAUACUGUGGUUAAUGUUUUAAGACUUUUUCUGGCUAUGGCUUGCUCUCCUGCUUGUACCCUAAAUGGGCGUCUACUCAUAGAGAUUCUCUCACGUUGUGGAGAAUGUUGGGAAUUGGGUUCGAGAGCCACCAAAGCGGCUUCUUUAGCAGCCGCCUCACAAUGUUUAAGAACAUUUUGUACCUUUCUCAUAGAAGAGGCAGAGGAUGUCAAGAAAACCGCACCCGCUGGUUUAAUGACACAAACCCAGGCUACUGCCGUAUAUAAUGAGGUAAUACCGGUAAUGCAGUGGCUUUGCAGUCGUUUGGUGGAACCAAAUGUUACCAGUUCACCUAAUAAGAAAGUGGAGAACACUUGCACUCUGUACUUAACGGAAUGUAUAUUAACUUUGACAUCAUCGUUGCCACGUAAUGUAUAUGCCAAUCCGCAUUUUACUUCAUUUUUAUGGCAAAAGUUUUGCCCUACUUUGGCGGCUGCAUUGGGUUCUCCGGGAAGAGUGAAUUUGGAUAAGAAAUUUACUUACAAAGAUGCUUUACACAUUAUUGAAAAUGAGGCUAGAGGGUUUUUUACUGGUCCUGGUUUGGAUGGCGCUCAGGCUCGUUGUGUUUAUCUUACGGGUAUUCAACUGUUAAGAAUAGCUGGUUCUCAUGGUUCUUUAAGGCCCAUGUUAGAAGCUUUGUUCCAUCGCAUGCUAUUGCUGCCUACACCACAAAAUCGUACAGAACCCUUAAAAUGUGUACGAGAAAUUUUCCGUAGUCCAGAACGUUUAAUCGAUUUAGCUGUGAUUCUUUAUGCCGAUAAAACUACUGCCCAGGGCUGCAGUGAUGAAAUGGCUCUCUUUAGAUUAAUGAUCGAUGCAAUGGAAGAAUGUGCUUAUGGUGCCGGAAAUGGUACUGUAGUCGAGGCCAGUUUACAAGCCAGUGUUGAAUGCAUGGUUGCUCUGCUGCAAAGUCUACAAGUACUUUGUACCGGCGAAUUAACAGAAGGAAUGAUAAGUGAUCAAAUUGUAAAUGUAGUAAACUCACGUUACGGACAAUUAAAAGAUGCCGACUAUACUGGGCCUUUAACCUAUCAGUCAAUGGCCCGUUUACCGGCAUCCUAUCGAGAUGCUGUCGUUGAAUUUCGACAAAGUGUUUAUGAAGCUUCAUCGGGUUCAGAAAGUGAUGGUGAUCAUCAUAUAGAAAAUGAUGCGGCUUCGAAUGGUUCCGGCGAUACUGAGGGACCCGAAGAUGAAGAACAUUCGACUUCCAGCGAUGAGGCUUCUAGAGCUGAACUUAAUCGCUGGCCAUAUACUAAUCUGGAAGUGCCAGUAAUUCCCGUACGAUCCGAUGUUGACACCGAUCGUCAACAUGCCCGGGAUUUUGCUAAAGCUCUACACUCUGAUUUGGUUCCUAAACUAUUGCGUUUACGCUCAUGUAUUGAAGUCGACGAGGCUAUGCAGGAGUUUGCCUCUGCUGUGUGUCAAGAGAACAGCGCCAAUAUUUCCGAUUUUGAUUAUAACUUUACGGUCAUCAAUGCUGAUGGCAUAUAUUUGGCCAUUUACUCGGCUUUACUGCUAAGUUGGCAACUAAAGAAAGCCGGCUAUUAUGCAGACAUGCAGAAGGAGAUCAUGAUACCAAUGUCUGAGCAACAGUUUGUUACAUCCGUCCAGAAUACCGGCGUCUUGGUAUAUCUAUCUUCAGCUUGGUUAUGUGAAUUGUAUCAGAGUGUAUUGGUCUUAAAUAUAUUGGAAUCUCUAGACAGUAAUGACCAGGAGGGAGGUAAUAAUCGCUGUGCCUUGAUCGAUAUGUUAUGUGAUGCUGGUGGUUUAGGCGCUACACAAAUGAUGUCCGAGUGGCAAAGACUUCAGUCGGCUAAUGUUAAGUAUACGGAUGAUGAACACAGUACGGCAAGACGUGAAGCUGCUAAAAAACUAAGUCGGCGUUUGCUGACCUGUUGUUGGGAUUCCAUGGUUUUGGUAUUAAGUUCGGGAUUGGGUGAUUUGCCCUCUUCCAGUUCAAGUAAAUUUGUGGCAUUAUCUAAACGCACUUUGAGGGUUAAAAGUAAAACUGCCAAAUCGAACGGUGAGGCUUUAUAUGCCAUGUGUUUGGAUGGUUUGCACUCGGCUGCUACCUUAAGCAAUAACUUAAAUUUACAACAUUUGGCUGGCAAGAUUCUUAACUUAUUGGCUUCGAAUGUUUGCCAAACGACGGGGCCGCGUAUUUCUGCCAGUCAGGCUUUGUCGAUGGAUGUCGUGCUUAGCGGCGGUCUUAAUUUAGGUUCCUAUAGUCCAGAUUGCUGGCAAUCUAUAUUCGCUGUUUGUCGUCAUGUCAGCCAGUUGGAGCAUGAGAUCUUUAGCAUGCGUAAUCCUUCGGUACCAACUUCAUCGCCAAAUGGCAAUCGUGACAUAGAGACUGGAGAGAAAUUGCAAUGUAAUGGAGGUCAAAAUGAAAAACUUAAUUUAGCUUCUAUACCCAUAGAUGAUGAUGAAACUUGUGUUGAUGUCUAUAGCUUCCUACAAGCUCCACUACGUAGUCCCAACACAAAUAUUACUUCGAUUCUUAAAGUCUACUCGGGUACCAACGAAACUGUGCUACUGAGUCCCAGCGAUACAACCAAAGUUCUUUGUGGACUUUCCCAGCAGGCGGAAAAUCUCUUCAGUGACGCAGCCGAACGUUUAAGUUUGCCCUCAUUAUGCCAGUUCUUGAAAAAUCUCUGUAGGGCAUCCAGAGAACAGUUAUACAAGAAUACUACCACACGUAAAGGCAGUCGUGUGUGGUGGCCCAGCAAGGGUUGGCGUAAACAUGAUACUUUGCCCAUGUCUUUACUUUUGCAUCGUAUAGGUGAUGUUACUUUAAAAGUAUUUCGCAGCCCCAGACCUUUAUUGCACAUCCUCAAGAUAUGGGCCAUAACUGGGCCGCAUCUAAUGGACGCCGCUUGCCAUCGCGAUCGCGUUAUAUCAAAGCGAGCUAUAGAGUAUAUACAUGAUAUAGUUACGGCUUUAUUGGUGGAACAAUCUGAACUGCCCUACUUCCACUUUAAUGAGGCUUUACUGAAACCAUUUGAGAAUCUUUUAAGCAUGGACUCAUGUGAUUCUGAUGUUCAGGAUCAAAUUGUGGCCUGUUUAUAUGAAAUCGUGGAAGCUCAUCGUACGGAAAUACGUUCGGGUUGGCGUCCCUUGUUUGGCACUUUGCGCAAUGCCAGAAGCCGCAUGUUAAACGCAAGCAAUAUCAUUGACAUAUUCAGGGUAUUUUUAGAUUCCGACAACACUUUGGUUUUUGCUAAUGCGGGCCUCGAUUGUAUUUUGUGCUUACUAUCAUUCCUCGAGGUACCCGGCGCUGGAGGAGGAGGUGGUGGAGGAGUGGGUGGAGGUGGUGGAGGGAGUGGUUCAAAUACUGGCUCAUCUUCGGGUGGUGGUGGUGGCGCUGCAAAUGAUGAUGAGAAUAACUUUAGACCCACAGAAUUCUUGCAUGAAACUUUACGUUUCCUAGAACGUUGCUCUUCCAUUUUAGGUUUCAUGUACAAUAUGCCGAAAUGCCCAAAUUUCCAUUCCACCUACAAGAUCAAGGGUAUUUCAUACACACAUAUUAUUGAUGCCAACAUACCCAAUUCCAUGGAGAACUUCACAUAUUUUGGCAACGAUUAUUUACAAACCAAAAAUGAACAACAUAUGAUUUCCUAUCGCUCAUUGCAUAUCGACAAGGAGACUAUAGUAAAAAUCGAUGAAAUGGACAAACCCUCGGGUGUACUCAAAGUAUGGUUUCUUCUAUUGGAUGGUCUAACCAACUCCUUAAUAGUUUGUCCCUAUUCACAUCAGGCUCCCAUAUUGCAGACAAUCUUUAAGCAUUUUAAGAAUCUACUAACAAAUCCCGGCAUAGAAUUUGGUUUCUACUGCAUUAAUCACUUGUUGAUACCCAUGAUACAGGAUUGGUUGAGGUAUAUCAAUAAAACUGGCACCUCCUGGCAAAUGGUAGAGAAAAAUUUCAAGCAUUGCUGUUGCAUGACCACUGAUUUGGUGGUAGAUUUUAUUAAAAUGUCUUUGCCCGAAGUGCGCAAACAGGCAACGAAUACUAGGACUCGUGUUACACAGAUAGUACAACCUAAGGAUAAUGCUUAUUCUAAGUUAAAAUUUGUUACCGAGCCGGUGGAAGAGAGAGUAGCUAAUGGUGUUGGAGGAGCUCAAUAUGAUAGUACUUCCAGCGAAGAAAGUUCACAGGAUUCUAAAGAGACCAGCACAAAGGUAUCUAACUCGGCUACUUUGGCCUUGAAACAAUUGCUGUUGGUGCUUAUCGAAUGUGCUGCGCAGGUCCAGGAAACAGUGGCUCGAGUAGGUGUUUCCUGCCUUAAACAUGUUAUACUCUCUACCGGCACUUUGUUUAAUGAAUACCAAUGGAUGAUAGCCUGCUCUGCUAUACAUAGGGCCUGCACUGUUACCAUAGCACCAUUGCGCCAAUUAUCUUUUGCUUUUCAUGAAAAAUCCAACAGUUUUUAUGGUGACUGUGCCAAUGUUAAGGUGGCCGCUAGACGAGACAGCACCAUUGAGGAAUUGACACGCAUAUAUUCUCUAGCCCAGCAGGUGUUUCUUUCUGAUAAUCAGCGAGAACCGGGAGCUAAAUUGAACAAUCAUUUGGAUAAACAUUUAACGGAUGAUCGCAGCUAUUCGUUCCUUUUGUAUCCCCAAAAUAAUGGCUUCAAUUCUAACCUCGAUAACUUUGUCAUAAGAAUACCCUUCAAGACCCUAGUUGUGGGUUUGUUGGCAAAUCAAAUGCUUUUACAAUUGGUGGCCAAACUAUUGCUAUCCCGUUUAAAAUGUGUACCCCAGGCCGUGUCCACUUGUAUUUUUGACAACUACACCACCGCUACACAGCAAUGCUAUGACUAUGACUUGGAUUUCCGUUCCAAGGAGAUACUAUUGCGUUGUUGCUUGCAGUUCCUAACUAGUGCAUUGGAAUUUGAUUCUCGUCCUGGUCUUAAAUUUCUUAUGCAAAAGGUGGCCAAUAUAGAGUAUGCAGCAAAUCUAUAUAAACAAAUGACUUCCUCCUGGAUGAUUUACUACAUAGCUUUGGUCGAUUCCUAUUUAAACGAUAUUGUUAUUUACAAUCUAGGACCCGAGGAUUUGAAUUUUAUUCUCGAAUCCUGCUCACGUCUUAACACCACUAAGGUCAAGAAAAAGGAGAACUUUGUAAGGUACUUGUUUUGCCUACAAGACGCCUGGAAUCUGGUGUGUGAACUGUACUUAAGCAACUCUACUUUGCAUGAUAUAGAAAAUGGCCGUUUACGUUCGGGAGAGGCGCAACUUAAUAGUUCAGCAAAAAAUAUUAAAUCUAUGUGUAUUACUUUGAAUGGCAAUAUAGAAAAUGGCAGCUCCACUGGACUGGCCGAAAACAACGAUUAUUCACCCCAAAGAUUAACACAAUCACCCGAAGAGGAAAGCGUCACCAUGACCACAUUAAUCAGUGAGUUUCAACCUAAAAGCCGGAACAAUCCAUUCGAUACAAAUCGUCCGCAGAAACCCGAAUCGGAAACUAUAUCACCCGAAAUCGAACAACAAAGAGCUACCAGCAUUCUUAAAGACUCCAAUUACAAGAGACACGCUUUAGCGCAAUUAGUAGUGGCUUCUAUGGAAUUGUUAAGAUCGCUACCCGGUGAGGCGGAGGGUAAUCUAAAACUAUUAAUGACGCCGACAAUACGUGAAGCAUUUCGUUUGGUGCAGUUGCAAGGCAACGAACUAAAAGUUAACCAAUUUUAGGUUUUGCUUGUUGAGUUUUAUUUUGACUUGUAAGUGUGUAUUAAUAAUAUGUAUGACAAGCGCAACAGAGCUUUUAAUCCAACCAAAAAAUCCAAAAUAUCUCUCUCUUUUUUAAACUUUAAAUCCUGAAUUCCCUGCAAAACUCUCUUUCACACACUCAUAUACAUACAUACAUACACAUACCCACCAUAAAGUAUAAAUAUUAAUUAUAAAAUAUACAUAUUUACAUACUACAACUACUAAAACAUUAAACAAAAAAAUCCUAGCCGCCCAUUACCGCCCAUUAUAAGAUUAUUAUAAAUAUAUACAUAUUUAUAUACAUAUACCUAUAUACAUACAUAUACAUUAAUAUAUAUUAACUAAUGAAAUGUAUAGUAUAUAAUUAAAAAUCUAGUCAUAUAUUGCCUGCUUUUAUAAAAAGCUUCUAUAUUUAUAUAUGUAUAUUUAUACAAAAUUUUUGGUUUCAUAAAUUUAUCAUUUUUAGUUUAAAAAGGGUGUUGAAAGCAUUAGUAAACCAAAAAAAAAGAUCUAAGAACUGAUCUUGCUACUGCCUUUAGCACCUUAAUUUUCCCCUUCUUAUUUGCUCAUUUAGUUUUAUAAAAUAUUUAAGUUUAAAAACCUAAACUAUAAAAAAAUUGGUACGAUUGGAAGUGAAAUAUUAUAACAAAAGUGACUCAAAGUAAAAACUCAACAGAGAUAUCAGGAAUUUACUACUAAAGCAACAUUUAAUUAUGUAUUAAACUCUCUCUUUCUCUCUAUUUCUCUCUAACUAUCUCUAUCUAUUAGUCUCAGUCUCAUUCUAUCUCUUUUAAUGCACCUAGCAGCUACAAUAAAAUAUUGUCUAUACGUCUGUAUAAAUAAAUUAUCAUUAAAGACAAGCCUAUUUAGUAAAAGUAAAUAUAUGUAAUAUUUCAUUAUUUACACACAAUAUUUCAAAUCACUCGACUUCAUUUAGUCAUAUACUACAUAACUACAUAGGUACACAGAAUCGUAUUUCAAAAAAAAGGUUUCAAAACCAUAAAUAUGCAAAUAGUAUUUACUAUCUAAAGUAUUGUUUAAUAUCUGUUAAUAUUGUUUAGCUGCUUUCGAGAUUUAGUUAAAACUUUUAUUAGUUGAACUUAGUUCUUGUUUUGUAGAUUUAUAAAUAAGUUUUCAAUAUAAUUUAAGGGAAAAAAGUGGAAAAUUUAUUUCAAAAUUGCAAAAUUUUUAGGAUUUUCAUCAGUGCGAAUUUAAAAUCAUUAUAGAUUAGUUUUUAGUCGUAGUUAGUCUAGUCUUGAUCAAUCUAUAUUUUUGACUACUGAUUAGUCUAUAAUCAUGACUAUUGACCAGUCUAUAAUGGAUUAAUUUAUAGACUAAACUAUUGGCCUUUGGUCUUGACUGUAGAUCAGUCUUUGAUCUUGACUACAGAUUAGUAUUCUGUCUAUACUAUAGAUCAGUCAAUAGCCUUAACUCAUUAUACAGUCUUGAGCAUUUUUCAGACUCAAUUCUUGAUCAAAGAUUAGUCUGUACUAUAGAUAAGUCCAUAGUCUUGACUUAGGAUCAACCUAAAGUCUUGACUCUAGAUCUGUUUAUAGUCUUGACUAUAGAUUAAUCUAUACUUUUGACUAUAGAUCAGUCUAUAAUCUUGUUUGAAGAUCUGUCCAAAGUCUAGACUAAAGUCUAUAGUCUUGACUAAAGAUCAAUCUAUACUCUUGACUAUAUAACACUCUUGGCUAUAGAUCAGUCUAUAUUCUUGAUUGAAAAUCAGUCUUGACCCUAGAUUCGUCUAUAAAUCAAUUCAUACUCUUGAAUGUUGAUAGGUAUAUAGUCAUAAUUGAAGAUCUGUCUAAAGUCUUGACUAUAGAUCAGUGUAUAUUCUUAGCAAUAGAUCACUCUAUACUCUUGACUAUUAGUCUAAAGUUUUGGCUAUAGAUUAGUCUAUAAUCUUAAGUCGUGAUCAGUAGUCUUUAUUAUAGAUCAGUCGUAGUGUUCAUUAUAAACUAGUCUAUAAUUUUGUCUAUUAACCAGUCUAUAAUCUUGAAUAACGAUCAGUCUAUAAUCUUCUACACAUUCGUUUAUAGUCUUUGGAUAGAGAUUAGUCUAUUAUCUUUACUAUGGAUAGUUUUGACGGUAGAUCCCUCUAUAGUCUUGACUAUAUAACGGUCUAUAGUCUUUACUAUAGAUCAGUAUACUACUUUUACUACAUAUUCUUUUAUAGACUUAACUACAGAUCAUUCAAAAGUCUAUAGUCAGUCUAGAGUUUUGGCAAUAGUUCAGUACAGACAGAUCUAUGGUCAAGACUUUAGACCAUAGAUCUGUCUGAAAGUUUUCACUAUAGAUGAGAUCAGUGAUGGAUCAUGGAGUAUAUAGACUUGACUAUAAAUUCUAACAAUUCUAAAUAUCAGUCUUACAAUGUGUCAGAGUAAUGCACUAUUUUUGCACUUUGACAUUUUGGUUAAAAAGAAAUUUAAUAAAAAAUUUGUGAUGUGAUAAUGAAAUAAAUUUUCAACUUUUUACAAAAUGAUAUCUUCAUAUUUGCAAUUUCAAAAAAACAAUGUUUUGAGACCUUUUAUUUAGCCAUAGAUUAAAAAAUACAACAAAAAAUAAUUUUAAAUUAGCUAAUGCAAACAAAGCCUUUAUAAACCAGAAAUAAGAACGAAAAUUUAUAAAAAAAGUACUUUAAAAACACAAAAAUAUAUAUUUCUAAAAAAAAAUAAGAAAGAUCUUGUUUUAGUUAACUUAAGCCAGAGCAAUUUUUUAAAAAAUGGUGGAAUAUAAAAUUUUAUGAAUUUCAAACUAAAAACUAAAAUCUUUCAGUAGUUUAAAACAUCUUUUAACUAAACACAAUAUUUUCACCAUUAAUAGCAACCACAUAGUUUACAAAUUGUUUGAGAACUUUACAUUUAAUAAUAGAAAAAAACGACAUUUAAACUAAUCAGCUGUAAUUAAACAUUGUUGUUUUCUUUAUGUUCAAUUAUAUUAUUUAAAUUUCAUUUCAUAAGUAGGUCAAGUGAAUAAAAUAAAGAGUCCUUUUAAAUGGUCAAAAAACAAGUACUUGACUAUCAAACAAAAUAUUAAAAAAAACGCAUCCAUAAAAGCAUGAUAAACAACUAUAGUUUUGGGAAUUUUUAAAAUAACAAAUAAAAUAUUAUAAUAAUAUAAUUAUAUAAUUAUAUAAAAUGGAACAAAACAAAAAUUAUGAAAAAAUAAAAAUAAAACUAAACUAUUGCAUCUUUAC